GCCCCGCCGCAUUCUUCUGCCUUGUAUGGGCCGGGCCGGGCCGGGACCCUGGACCCGCCCGCCCCGCGGAGCCGCGUCCCGCAGAGCCGCGCAGAGCAGCUCCGCACGUCCCGCAGCUCCGGCAGCGCCCGCAGCUCCCCGCUCCGGGACAGGCUCUGUGCGGUUGUAGGAGGAGUUUGCGGUCACCUCCCCCCUCCGAGGAGCUGCGGCCACAUUCUCCCGCCGAGGUACUCCCCCAGCCACCAAGAUGUCCAGCAAACGUGCCAAAGCCAAGACCACCAAGAAGCGCCCCCAGCGCGCCACCUCCAACGUCUUUGCCAUGUUCGACCAGUCGCAGAUCCAGGAGUUCAAGGAGGCUUUCAACAUGAUCGACCAGAACCGAGAUGGCUUCAUUGACAAGGAGGAUCUUCACGACAUGCUGGCUUCCCUUGGGAAGAACCCCACUGACGAGUACCUGGAGGGGAUGAUGAGUGAGGCACCGGGGCCCAUCAACUUCACCAUGUUCCUCACCAUGUUCGGGGAGAAGCUGAAUGGCACCGACCCCGAGGAUGUGAUCCGCAACGCCUUCGCCUGCUUCGACGAGGAGGCCUCAGGCUUCAUCCACGAGGACCACCUGCGUGAGCUGCUGACCACCAUGGGGGACAGGUUCACUGACGAGGAGGUGGAUGAGAUGUACCGGGAGGCGCCCAUUGACAAAAAGGGCAACUUCAACUACGUGGAGUUCACCCGCAUCCUGAAGCACGGGGCCAAGGACAAGGACGAUUAGAGCCCGCGGCCACUCACCCCUUCUGCCCCAUCCCUUGCACAUACCCCGCCCCUUGGCCCCAUUGCUGCCCCACAGCAGACUCCUCCCCCAGGAAACACCUCCCAGGACCAUCACCCUGCACCAGAACACUGCUUGGAGGGGAUGAACUCCCAUCACUGUGCUGCUGCGUGCCCAUCCAGCCUUCCCCUCCCAUCACCUCUCCCACCCACUGGGCGCCCCAGCCUUGCUGUGACCGCCCCCCCCCCCCCCCCCCCCCAGCAGCCACAGACCCCCUCAAAGCCACCAUGCCACUGGUACCGGGGCUGGGGUGAGCAUCCCCUGCUGACCUGCAGGGAUUUGUCUGGGUCCAGCCUUAGCGAGCCCCAUUCAGGGCAGUAGCACAGAGGAAAGCCUCUCUCCCUCUCCUCCCACGCUCCCCCUUCAGGAAAGAGCCCCCUCUUUGUUCCUCCUCCCUGUUUUAUGGCUUUAGAGCUUGAGAUCUGAGGAUUCAGGAAGCUGGAGGGGUGUAUAAAGCCUGAUGGGUGUGACAGACGUGUGCUGUGUGUGGCUGCCCCGUGCCCCCCGUGAUGUACCCGGGGCUUUGGGAAGGUGGGUUUGGCCACUGCAGCUCCUCAGCCUGCUGCCCUUGUCAGCCAGGGCCCUUGGCAAUGGGGCAGCCUGGUUUUGAAGCCAAAUUGCUUUCAAAUGAUGUAAAAUCAGCUUAAGCACCAUUUUCUGCCUUAGCUGGUGGGCUGAAGGUCAUUCUGCUCAGUCCCUGUGUCAGGAUGGGCUGAGAGAUGCUUGGCGAGGUGCCAACCAUGCUCCCCACAUCAGCUGGCCCAGGGUCCCAGGGGCUUGGCCACCCUUCAGUGUCACCCUGCACGGGUGGGGGAGCAAAGAGACUGAGAGGAUAAGAAAUGGGGAGGAGCUUUGUCCCCUUGGUUUGGUUAUUUGUCAUCUCCCUGACAAGGGUGUGGGAGCAUGGGGCGCUCCCACCUUGUGAAGCUGUGGUCUUAAAAUGCUGCUUGAAGGCUGCCCUGGAGGGAGGCCCGAGUUUCCAGCAAUUCUUUAUUUAAAAUGGGGGGACAAACCUACAAAACCUGGUGAGGGCACAGCGCACAGCAGAGAGCUGCCAGUGCUGGGAAAGCUUGGGUAGUGUCUGUGGGAGCUCCAUGGGCAUAUGCUGGGCUCAGAGGCAUCAGAGGCACUCCAGGCCCCAGGUGAUGCUCUCUCACCUGGGAGAUGAUCCAAGAAUGAAAAGCUUCUCCUUGGUCUCAGUGCUUCUAUUUUGCAGGCGCUACCAACUCCAGGAAAAAGGAAGUAAAUUGUCAGAUGUGAAAGGGUGAUCUGUGAUCUCCAGGGAGUUCCCCAGGGUCAGGGCUUGUGCUCUGCAGCAGCAACCCCAAACCAGCCCAACCUCCAGUCUCAGGGGUACCAAGCUUCUUCCAUAAUUUACUGCUGUGCCAGGGAAAAACUACAGUUCUCCCACAGCCAGAGAGAAUUCCCAGGCCUGAAGGCUUCUGGAGGCCUGGAUGCUUUAUAAAACCUUCACUGUGACACUGAGCAGAGUGAACAUCCACAGACAUCACUUUGGGGCAGAGGAGCUGAUGCUGGAGCUGGGGACAGAUGGGCUCCCAGGGCAGCUGCAUGUGGGUGUGCUGUUCAGCCCCUCUGACCCCCAGGGAUCCCCCUGUUGUGAGCAGCCCAGAUCCUUGCAGUGCCAGGAGCGGGAUGGACUCACUGCUGCUCGAGCUGGGAGCUGCCACAGCUCCAGCCUGGGGCUGUCAGAGCUGCUGUCUCAAGCAGCUGCCAAAACUGCUGGGUCUGAGCUGCCUCUUCACUGGCGGGGCUGUGGUGGCACGUGGGACUUUCAACCCUGAGGCAGCAAAGCAGAACAAAUUUGUUAUUGGACACUGAGAUAUUUAUGGGAAGAGUAAUAAACUUACUCCACUGGCACAGGUUUCCCAGAGCAGCUGUGGCUGCCCCACCCCUGGAAGUGUUCAAGGCCAGGUUAGACAGGACUUGGAGCACCCUGGGAUAGUGGAAGGUGUCCCUGCCCGUGGCAGGGGGAGGAAUAAGAUGGGAUUUAAGGUCCCCUCCAACCCAAACCAUUCUGGGAUUUGAUGAAUCUAUGAAACUCCAAAAGUAUCUGGGCUCACUUGAACCUCAUGGAGUUCAGCCAGGCCAAGUGCAAGGUCCUGCACCUGGGUCAGGGCAGCUCCAGCACCAGCACAGGCUGGGUGGGGAGCAGCCCUGGGAGAAGGACUUGGGGGUGCUGCUGGUGACAAACUGGGUGUGACCAGGCCAUGGGCACUGGCAGCCCAGGAAGUCAUCUGUCCUUGGGCUGCAUUAGAAACAGCAGAGGCAGCAGCUGCACUUGACCUGACUCGUUUCAAAGGCAUUUUAAAUAGCAGCAAAAAAAAGACAUUCAUUUCAGAAGCGUUCACUUGGGGCAGGGGGACACCAAGUUAGGUGAACCUUUUGGUCAGUCUAGAAGAGCUGCUCCCAGUGCAGAAGUGUCUCCUGAGCUCAGAGGGCCCCUCCUGUGUGUCACUUUGUGCUCGAGGCCCCUUGGACUGUCCCUGGCCCUGUCCCCUCUGCAGCCUCCCCCCAGGUUUUUAUCCCCAUGGAUGAGAUGCCCUGAGCCUGCUCUGCUCCAGGCUGGGCAGCCCCAGCUCUCUCAGCCUCUCCUCAUGGCAGAGACGCUGCAGUCCCUCCAUCACCUUCAUGGCCCUGUGCUGGACUCUGUCCAGUCUGUGCCUGUGUCCCAUACUGGGCAGCCCAGCUCUGGGCCUGGUCUGUGACAGCUCCCAGUGCAGCCCAGGACCCCCUGACCCCAGUGUUUGCUUUUCUCAGUGCUCUCAGCAGUGCUGUGAGCUCCUGGCAUCCCCACACUCCUCUUGCCAUGUCCAGAGAUGUAAAUUAGAGGAACAUCAGAGAGGAAAAGGGUACAGCAGUGCCUGCUGAGAGGGUCUGUCCUGCCCUACGGCCUCCAGGAAGGAAUCAGAGCAUAGCUUCCAUGUGGGAAGGGGCAGGAGGAGAUGGAGGGACUGCAGUGCCCAGGAGAGGGGCUCCUUCUCCCAGGACCUGGGGUUUUUUUCCUGCUGGGGGAAUCCCAGCCUGCAGCAGGUCCAGUGGCCCUGAGCAGGAGCAGGGCCUGCUGCUGGAGCAGUGGCCCCAAGGGCAGGCUGGCAGCAAACAGCCAGCACAGCCCACCACACAUCCAAUUUGCCUUGCUAAAAAUGCAGAUCGAAGAUCAGAGGGUGGGCAGAGGAUGGAGAGAGUAGAGUAUGGGGUGUCCAUACCUGGGAGGCUGGCUGGGGAUUCCAGCAUCCCCCUGGGGUGCCAAGCAUCCUCCUGGGAAUUCCAGCUUCCCCUGGGAGUUCCAGCUUCCCCGGGAUUUCCAGCAUCACCCUGGGGUUCCCAGAAUCCCUCUGGGUUUCCAGCAUUCCCCCUCAGGCUCUUGUUGGCCGAUUGUUGUUCAAAUUGCUGAAGUUUAGCAGUAUUAUCAUGUCAAUGGGCCCGGGCAGGGCUCGGCAAGGACGAGCUCGGAGUGGGAAGGACAGGGAGAUGCACCUCAGCCCCUUCCCUGGCCCCUCAUCCCAGAGGCUCCUUACUCCCCAUCAGCCAGAGCUCUCUGGGGUGCCAGGCUGGGCUUGCCCAGGGAUUCGGGCUCCUCCCACGCUCAGACACCUGAUGGGCUUUUUCCAAAGUUGCUUCCACACUACCGGUCCAGGGAGCAAAGGCAGGUGGAGGGACCCGACGGGUGGCUCAUGGCCCAGCCCUGGAGGGUGGUUCAGCUCAGGGAGCGUUUCCCGGUUGUCUCAAUUCGGUGGAAGACUAAACCAGCAUUUUCCAAAAGGUGGGAACAAAAGCAGACUGCUCAGGAGGACAGUCCUGCUUGGGCACAGUGGCUGGCCCAGCCCAGGCAGUCCGGGGGUGUCUGGGCUGUCACGGACCCGUCUGCAGAGGGAGCAGAGCGGGCAGGAUGAGCCCACCCCUCCCGGCGAUGGCCAUGGUUCACAGCGGGCAGGAGCCAGCCUGGCGUGGGAGGAGGCGGGGGGGGGCUCCCUGCCCGGAGUGACCCUGCAGAGGGUGGGAGGUGCUGCCAGGGCUCCGACACCCUCCUGUGCUUCACCAGCCCUGCUGCCUUGACAUUAAUGCAGCCAUAGCAGCUUGGGGCACAGUUCCACUCAGGUCAUGGAAGAUUUAGAAGCAACAAAAUAAAUGAUUUAAGGAGUU